AGGGUGAAACCUUGGCCCCACCCACUCUUCCGCGCGAUCCCCUCCCCUCCCCUCCUCCGAUUCGCUCUCACUCUCUCCCUCUCACGCGGCCAUCCUCCCCAUUCCCUCACCCGUGAAGAUGUGGCCGCCGUGGGGUAGGAUCCUUCGCGGCAAAGACGCCACCUCUUCCCCCUCCUCCGCCCCCUCCAAGCAUCCCCUCUCCCGCUCUUCCUCCAUAACCUCCUUCAAAGACAUCCACACCCUCGUCGCUGAGGGGUCAGGCUCCAGCCCCGCCUCCGCCGCCAUCGUGAAGGCGGCCCCGGUCUUCCACCGGGUCCGGUCGGCGUACGCUGCCCUCCGAUCAGCCUCCGUCCCGAAAUCCUACGGCCUCCCAUCGAGGGAGGAGAAGCGGAUCGUGCUCUACUUUACCUCCCUCCGGGUGCUCCGCAAGACCUUCGAGGAUUGCUGCGCCGUUCGAUCCAUCCUUCGCGGCUUCUGCAUCGCGAUCGACGAGCGGGAUUUGUCGAUGGAUGCGGGGUUCCUCGCGGAGCUGAAGGGGAUCCUCGGCCAGCGGCAGCUCAGCCUCCCCCAGGUCUUCAUCGGCGGCCAGUACAUCGGUGGCGCCGACGAGAUCCGGCAGCUCCAUGAGGCCGGCGAGCUCAAGAAGUAUAUGGAGGGGGUCCCGUUGGCGGCCGCCGGCGCCUGCAAGGGCUGCGGCGGGAUCCGGUUCAUUUUGUGCCAGACUUGCAACGGGAGCCAUAAGGUGUACACCGAGAAGUCUGGGUUCCAGAGCUGCGCCGCCUGCAACGAGAACGGCAUCGUCCGAUGUCCCGAUUGCCGCUCCCCCGCCGUCUGGCCGAUUGGAGAGAUGAGGAUAGAUCAGAGAUCUAUGCAGCCAUGCCCAUGAGAGAGGGCUAUAUACAGACAGGAGAGGCGUAUGCUACAAGGGGGAAGCGACAAAUCGCGAGUUCUGAAAGGUUUUAUUUGUUUCAUCAAACCCCUGCUUCUUCUUGUCUUGCCUUCGUUUUUUUUUGGGGGGG